GAUCUGAAAGGCCCUUGAGGCACAGAGAACAGGAGAAAAAACAGCUGCAACAAAAGAAUGUGUUUCUCCCCCAUUCUGGAAGUCAACAUGCAGUCUGAAUCUAAUAUUACAGUUCAAGAUGCCAUUGAUGACAUCGACACCAACAUGUACCGACCACUGUCAUAUCCAUUAAGCUUUCAAGUUUCUCUCACUGGAUUUUUGAUGUUAGAAAUUGUUUUGGGACUUGGCAGCAACCUCACCGUGCUGGUACUUUACUGUAUGAAAUCCAACUUAAUCAAUUCUGUCAGUAACAUAAUUACAAUGAACCUUCAUGUACUUGAUGUAAUAAUUUGUGUGGGAUGUAUUCCUCUAACUAUAGUUAUCCUUCUGCUUUCACUGGAGAGUAACACUGCUCUCAUCUGCUGCUUCCACGAGGCUUGUGUCUCCUUUGCAAGCGUUUCAACUGCAAUCAACGUCUUUGCUAUCACUCUGGACCGAUACGACAUCUCUGUAAAACCUGCCAAUCGAAUUCUGACCAUGGGAAGGGCUGUGAUAUUAAUGACAUCAAUAUGGAUCAUUUCACUUUUUUCCUUCCUGAUUCCUUUCAUUGAAGUCAACUUUUUCAGUCUUCGAAGCGCAAGUACUUGGGAAAAUAAGACACUUUUGUGCGUAAGUACAAACGAGUACCACACUGAGCUAGGAAUGUACUACCACCUUCUCGUUCAGAUUCCAAUCUUUUUCUUCACUGUUAUAGUAAUGCUAAUUACAUACACCAAAAUACUCCAGGCUCUAAAUAUUCGGAUUGGUACAAGAUUUACAACGGGACAAAAGAAGAAAGCUAGAAAGAAAAAAACUAUUUCUUUGACUACUCAGCACGAGACUACAGAUGUGUCCCACAGCAGUGGAGGAAGAAACGUCGUCUUUGGCGUAAGGACUUCUGUGUCUGUCAUAAUUGCUCUGCGCCGAGCUGUAAAACGGCACCGGGAGCGACGAGAACGUCAAAAGAGAGUCUUCAGAAUGUCCCUCUUGAUUAUCUCAACAUUCCUCCUCUGCUGGACACCCAUCUCUGUUUUAAACACCACCAUCUUAUGUUUGGGCCCAAGUGACCUUUUGGUAAAGUUGCGAUUAUGUUUUCUAGUAAUGGCAUAUGGAACAACUAUAUUUCACCCUCUACUUUAUGCAUUCACGAGGCAAAAGUUUCAGAAAGUUCUGAAAAGUAAGAUGAAAAAGCGAGUUGUUUCAAUAGUGGAAGCAGAUCCCAUGCCAAACAACGCUGUAAUACACAACUCAUGGAUAGAGCCUAAAAGGAACAAAAAGAUUACCUUUGAAGACAACGAAGUAAGGCAGAAAUGUUUAGUACCUCAGGUUGUCACUGACUAGGUUUCAGUAUUCACCAAAACACAUCAAGUGGAAUAUUUCAACAAAUUGUAGAAAAAUACUGCCAAAUAAGAAAAACUUUUUUUAACUACUGGCGAGACUGUAAAUUUUCAAUAUAUAUGUUAAAUAGAGUAAGUCUUGUAUAUUCAAUUUCUUCAUUAUGUAAGAUAUAUGUUGCAUGGCCGUUUGUUAGCGUAACACCAUGUGUAUAUUUGUCAAAAAUAUUCAAGUCCUCUUUUUUAGAAAAUAAAUAGCCUUAAAGAAGUGCAAA